UUGCGAGUCCAUCCUCCCACAGUCCUACUCCAGCCAUGGAGUAUUCCAGAAUAAUUUUCGCGUUGCAGUUCGUAUUUGUAUUUCUGGUCUGUUUAUUUCAACGUGCGUCCAAUAGUGUAACUUCCAAAAGUGACUACUUUCAGAAAAUCAUUUUAGAUAGAAAUCAACCCAAAACGCAAGACGCGGAAUCAAUUAAAGCCGCCGAAGAAGAAAUUAAGUUUGAUCCAAAUUUUCUGGAUCUCUAUCACAGCGGCGUCCAGGCAUAUUUGGAAAAUGACUGGGAGGCUUGCAUAAACCACAUCCAGCGUUCACUUAGUCUGUACAGAAACUACUACGAGGCAGUGGCUAAUUGUCGGGUGCAGUGUGAAUUUGAACGAGAAAGAUUUAAAAAUACCCACAAGGAAGACUAUGACCACAUCCAUUUCUUCGAGAAGUUGAUCGUGAAGACAGUGUGCCUGGAAAAAUGUCGACAGAUAAAUCUAUCGUAUCUUCCACGAUACUUUACGUUGGAUUAUAGCAAUAAACAGAUUUUCAAAACGCGGAAACCAUAUGAGUAUCUGCAGUUAUGCUAUUACCGGGAAGGCGACUUGGAAAAGGCCAUUUCAGCCACCUACACUGCGCUUGUAGCAAACCCUGGCGAUGACUUAAUGAAGAAAAACAUGGAAUAUUACACUCAACAGAAGGAAUUUGAUUGGGACAAAUUAAGGGAUAUGGAAGAUAAGCGUUUCUCCACUUAUUAUCAAGACGGAGUAGAUAAAUACGAACAAAAGCAAUGGAAAGAAAGUAUUGAGCUCUUGGAAAUCGCAAUGGAUACGUGGCUUCAGGAGCACGAUAAAUGCCGAGCCUUUUGCGAGAGUGAAUUUGACCAAGGAUGGUUCCCCGAUUUUACUGCUUCAGUCGCAAAUCACUAUGUGUUCACGCUGCGAUGCAAGCAAAACUGUACGAAUGAGCUUUCGUUUGUAAAUGGGAGAUUCUACGAGGACUUGUACCCGAGCAUGUUCAAUUAUUUGCAAUUUGCAUAUUACAACAUUGGUAAACUAGUAGAAGCGAGUCAAUGUGCAGCCAGCUAUCUUCUAUUCUAUCCCGAUCACGAGGAAAUGCUCAAUAACGUGGAAUAUUACAAGGAGGCAUACAAAGGCAAAUCUAAGAAGUUUUUGAAACCCAGACAAACUGCGACGAAUUUCGUACAGCGCUUCAUUUACGAAGUAGAUUUUUUGAAUUAUGUUGAACGAGAAUUUUCACAAUUAUCAAAUGAACCAUUUCGGCCUCGUCCCCAAGUGGAUAUUCUCACUGACCAUCAAAUUAUUGAUGCCGGAAAUUCGAAUUUAAUAACUGAAAAUGAAAGGAAGUGAAAAAUAAAAAAAAUGAAUUUUUAUUUAUU